AUCCAGAAUUUAAAAAAAAAACGUUGAAUCUUAUCGUGGUAGCAAAGCUUUGAUUUGACUAUACUAGAAAAUUUCAUAUUAAAAUAUCAAAAUCAAUCUGUGCCACCAUGUUGAGUUUUAGUGUAGAACUUUUUCUACUAAACUCAAUUCAGUUCGACUAAACCCCAACACACUUUUUCAUUGCAUCUUCAUUAUUUCCAUUCAAUUCCCAACAAUGUCGUCACCAAUCGCCACCCCUUCUCCACCACCAACCACCGCCUCAUCACCACCCUACGACCGCCUCAAAGCCGUCAAAGAAUUCGACGAAACCAAAGCCGGAGUAAAAGGCCUCAUCGACUCCGGAAUCAAAACCAUUCCGUCUUUCUUCAUUCACCCGCCCGAAACCCUAUCCGACCUCGCUCCAGGAUCCGGACCCGAACCGGAAAUUCCAACCAUCGACCUCUCUGCUAUACACGACUCCCGCGCCGCCGUCGUGGACCAGAUUCGUUCCGCUGCGGGUUCCGUCGGAUUCUUUCAGGUGAUCAACCACGGCGUAUCGCCGGAACUACUACGAAGUGUUAUCGGUGCUAUAAAGGCGUUUCAUGAACAGCCUGCGGAGGUUAAGGCGCAGGUGUACCGUAGGCAGAUAGGGACGGGCGUAUCGUAUAUAUCCAACCUCGAUCUCUUCACUUCUAAAGCUGCUAGUUGGCGCGAUACACUUCAGAUUAGGACGGGACCUAUCGCCGUAGAAGAGAAGGAGAUUCCAGAGGUAUGCAGGAAGGAGGUAAUGGAGUGGGAUAGAGAAGUAGUGCGUGUAGGAGAUAUUUUACUGGGUUUGUUGAGUGAAGGGUUGGGAUUAGGCGAAGAAGGGUUCAAGGAAUUGGAUUUGUCACAAGGGAGGCUGAUGGUUGGCCACUAUUACCCAUUUUGUCCUCAGCCUAAUCUUACUGUUGGACUCAAUUCCCAUGCAGAUCCAGGGGCGUUGACGAUAUUGUUGCAGGAUCAUAUUGGUGGCUUACAGGUCAGGACCCAACAGGGUUGGGUUCAUGUCAAGCCUCUUGAUGGAGCCUUGGUUAUCAACAUUGGAGAUUUACUUCAGAUCAUUUCUAAUGAGGAGUACAAGAGUGCUGAUCAUAGGGUAUUGGCCAAUUCUUCUAAUGAGCCGCGAGUCUCAAGUGCUGUUUUCCUAAUGCCGGGUAACAGGGAGAAGCUCUUUGGACCUUUACCAGAGCUAACAUCAGCAGAAAAACCAGCUCUUUAUAGAGAGUUCACACUCAACGAAUUUUUGACAAGGUUCUUCAAGAAAGAGCUAGAUGGUAAAUCAUUGACAAAUUUCUUCAGACAAUGAUGUAUUUAUAGCACUGGUUGCUGUUGAAUAAAGGUGUUGUAUAUGUAAAUACUCAUGAGACCUUUGUUAGUGCUAUGAGUGUUCGUAAA